AUGGCGGACUACACCUUUGACUCCGCCAUCCGCCGUGCCGACGGCGUCGGCACCACGGCCACUCUAGAUGACUCGAGUCUCCUCCGCUCGUUGAUCAAGUCUGCCAAGAGCGCACACAGUACUCUCGGUCGUGCACUGGACAACAACCUGUCGCACCAGCGCUUUGGCGGAGCGGAGAUGGAGCCGAGCGCGCUGACGAUGAACUGGCGUGAGCGAAAGCGCCAGAUGCGGCUGCAGCACGAGAUGCAAGUCGCGUGCGACGACAUCCACCUGCGCGCAACGGGGACGCGCAGGGAUCAGCGUGAUGGUGUUCCAGAGGCGUCAGUGAGAGGUACAGCACCGCGUCCACUAGCUGCCUCCACCUUCUCAGCGACAGGCAUGGUCAUGGGCUGCACCGCUGACAAGUCGCAGCUUUUCAUCCCGGCACUGCCGACGAUGGCGCCAUCUAUGACGGCCGCCGCUGACGAUGGCACGGAGGUCCUUGGCGGCACGAGGAUUGGUGGUGACGACCGCGGCUACGUCACUCUUAUUGGUGCAGUUCCGACUUACAAUACAACUCGGCUUAUUGAAGACAACUACGAACUUAUCAGCAGCUUUCGCGCCUACCGCACAGACGCACUAAGGGCGGAGCAGCAGACCGCUCUCCGCGACGUUUCAGCACCCCACCCAGACCUUCUGCUACAGUUAGCUCCGUUGGUUCAACCGGUGCAAAGCGACGAGGCAGCUCAGCAGCAUCUGCUCGUCGACCAAGAAACGCUCCCGUAUCACCUCCGCCAGCGCUACAGACAAGCCCGUGCGUCACAUUCAAUGUCGGCGGCGCAUGUAAAUGAGGCUGCAGUGGCAGUGGAUGGAGGCGGGGAGGCGGCGCCGCACAGCCCUAAGUCUCCACCGCAGGUGGACGGCACCGCGGCGGUGGCCACCGCCGCCAAGGGCACGUGGCCCUUCACCUGCCAAGGUCGUCCGGCUAUAACGGGCGCGCAACACAGUGGAACCGUCGGUAGUGCUGGUGGGAAGGGUGGCAACGAGCUCCAUCGCCGGCGCCACAUCGGUCAUCGCCAGCCGUGCCUCGGCCAGUACCACGUGCGCUACACCGUCGUCGAGCCACGUGUCGUCGGCGGUUACGUGGCGCCACAGGCUCCCGUGAGGGAUACUCAGCAGCACGACGAGGCAAACCCGCGACAAGACGCAGACGAUAGCGGCUCUAUCUUUGGCCAGACGCAGCGAGAGGACUGCUGCUUAACUGUGAACCUGCACGGGUCGUACUCCACGGGUGCCGACGCUACCCCACACCGUGGCGGCAGCACGCACGGCCAGAAUAUCAAGGGCAGCUCCAUGUUUGUCUCAGAGUCGCCGCGGCAGAUAGGGCACGGCACAGCCGCCCCUGAUGUCUUCUACUGGCCAUAUCCCGAUGUGCGCUCCACUACGAAGCGAGUGCCUUGCCUUGUGCAGCUUGACAACCCUACCACGCAGCGCCGCAGGGAGCCGCUUGUUUCAGGAGUGCCAGGCUCGGUGUAUGAAGUGUGCGGCGAUAUCGCGGCGAACCAGACACGGACAGUGGCGAUGGAUCGGACGACUGGACGUAGCUCACACUGGUACGGUCGAGCGCCUCCUAACGCCCGCGGCGAACCGCUGGACGUGGAUGAGGCGCUACGCGCGACACGACCGAAGGAACGGGCGGUAACGCUUCUGCCCCGCACGCAUGCGAGAGACCCGAGCGCGGAUUCGGCGCGUACGCUGGCCGUGGUUGAUACAAGCGUCUCUGUCGAGCGCAAUUUAGCCUAUCCGCAGCCCUUCAUCGGUGGCCUAACGCAGCUGGCGCACAUCCGCGAUUUUGGUAAGGUCCUCGGCCGAGCCAAGCGGGAAGAGCUGGCGAUGCGCAACAUGGGCGGCGGUGCCGGCAAUGACGUGCUACCUAGAGAAACCGAGGAGUGCGAGUGGACGCAGAGGCGUAGUCGCGCCAUCGUGAUUCACCCCCGCGCGCCUGGUCACCAGCCAUUGCACGCGCCGAACGCCACAGAGCUCGGCGACGUACCCUCGCUGACUCUCACGAAGCCGCGUUCGGGGUGCACGGCUGACCUCGGCAAGGGUCAGGCCAGGCCGAUGCACCUCUUGCCAAUGCACGACCUCACGUACAACGCGGAGCCAGGCUAUGUGCUGACUGGGCCACGCGCGAAGGGCACGCCGUCGAUCGGCCGCACCGUGUCACGCCAGCAGGCACGCUCGCGCACCGCAGAGGAGGGCUGUGGCGCCUUGGUGAUGUACAAUCCAACAGACUACCUGACCCCGCGUGUCAAGUCGGUGCCGGACUUCGAGAAGCAGAUCACCAAGGCGCACGAGUUCCGCGGUCACCGGGUCCAGUCGGAGCGGUAUCUGCAGCUCUUCCCUUCUGCACCUGGGCCUGGCCACUACACGGUCAACUACUCCCAGGUCGAGUAG